UUUAGUCUCUCUUGACGUCCUUUCUUCGUUAACUGUAAUUUAAGAAGAAAUCGAUUAUGGGUAUUUGCUAUAAAAUAUGCGCCGUGCUGGCGAUUAUAUGCCUCCUUGAAAACCACACACUCGGGGCUCCAACUAAGGGCAGGUAUAUGUGGGUGAAAUGCAAGCCUGAGGGGAAGGACCCAAAUUGCCAUACACAGAAGGGUCCAUGGAUGAAUUUGCCCGGGCCACAAGACCGCCUCCCUGCGUCAGCUACAAAGACAAUAGUUCCAGUGGAGUCCAGUGAGGUAGCCUCCGAGGAGGUGGAGCUCUCAGGUGAUGGCUCAGGCGGCGGUAGCAUCAUCCCUGUGCUUCCUGAGCUGGGCUCCGGAGACCAGUGGAUGGCCGACACUCAAGACCAGGUGGAAUAUCAGGCUGAGGUGCCAGUGUCUGCCCAUCUCGGGGAGGAGAGCAGCGGUGACUUUGACUACUCCAACUACAUCUUCCCUGAAAAAGUGAAGGCCAACGGACCCAGCACAGAGGAGCUGAAGGAGGAAAACAUGCUACUGUAGGCAUCUGGGAUGCACCAUCUGUGUUUUACAUGUUUGUCUGCUCUGAGGAGCUUUUUUCCUCCCUUUCAAGGAUGCUCAGCUUAAAAAGCUUUUGACUUUGCUUUUCAUUUGAUAUUAUUCCAUUUGAAUGUUUUUAAAAUGUAUCAGUGGACUAUCCCUCCCUGUGCUGUGGUAUGUAUGUUCAUUUUUUCACAAUUUGGUCUUAAAAAAGAAAAACAACAUGGGAAAAUGGAGAGUGUAAGAAUUGUCACAGUCAAACUGAAAACAGUCUUUGCCCUUAAACAGUCUUUUGCGGGCUUUAUGUCAGGAGGCUAAACUAUGCAGCACUAAUCAAAAUGCGUGAGGCAUUAUGUGUGAAUUUCAUAUUUAAAGAAGAAAUGUUAGUGCUAUUGUUUAAGUCUGCUUCAUGCAUGUCUUCUUCUUAUAAACAGAUCACCUUCUAUAAAUGACUUAUGGUUGAACUCUGAUUAAGUCUGACUUUUUCAUACAGAUUCUAUUUUAUUAAAGAUUGUAUUUUAUUGUACCAAAAGGACAUCCAAGACAAAGAGCAUUUACCAAAUAAAUCAGUAUUGACACCUCACAG